AUGUCAGAAUACAACACAACUGACUUCACCAGCCCCUCCACCUUCAUCCUGCUGGGCAUUCCUGGCCUGGAGGCAGCCCACGUCUGGAUCUCCAUCCCCUUCUGCACCAUGUACAUCAUAGCCAUCUUUGGGAAUUUCAUUAUUCUGUUCAUUGUAAAGAGGGAGCCGAGCCUCCAUGGGCCCAUGUACUAUUUCCUCUGCAUGCUGGCUGUCACCGACUUGGUUCUGUCCACAUCCAUCCUGCCCAAAACGCUGAGCAUCUUCUGGUUCAAUUCCAGGGAGAUCAAUUUCAGUGCAUGCUUCACCCAGAUGUACUUCAUUCACUCUUUCUUAGUGAUGGAGUCUGGGAUCCUCGUGGCCAUGGCUUUGGAUCGUUACGUGGCCAUCUGCAAUCCUCUGAGAUAUUCCACCACUCUGACAAACAUUCUGGUGGCCAAGAUCGGCCUGGCUGUGGUGUUGCGUGGCAGCACAAUCGUUCUGCCCUAUCUCCUUCUGGCUAGGCAGUGGCCAUAUUGCAGAACCAACAUCAUCCCCCACACGCACUGUGAACAGAUUUUCAGCAACUGUGUGAAUGGGGAACUCCCUACAACAUGGAUACUCUAG